CAGAGACGCAGCCAGUCGUCUUUCGAAGCAGCAACGGCGUAUUGUCUGUUACGACAAGGGGGCGUUAGUUUCACGUAAAACAACCAUUCGUUUCUGUUUUUUUAGCCCCUAUUACAAGAGCUACCGAUUCGGAUGUUGUUGCUAGCGGUUUAAAACAAGAAAGGUCUGUUAUAGAGCUAUGUAGAAAAUAAAUAAAGGAAUGUUUCUGGCGCUGUUUGGAUGUGCCUUUACCUUCCAUCACCACAGGGAGGUACAGUUGUGCCUCAUUUCGCGGGAAGCCUCCACACCUCUGGCCUCACUAGGUUUUCCCAUCAUUUCCCAGUCCCCGUCUGUCUCCUGUAGAACCCGCACGCAGUGUUGUCCCGAAGUCUGUUAGUGUAGAGUUGGUUUAGCCAGCGUUCGCUUUAAUUCUAUAAUUGCCGCCAGAGUCAAAAUCUGACUCCUCUUUUCACAGUUUCCCUCAGUGGAGGUUUAACGAAUUAUCCAGCCUACCUUGGAUUUCUUUGGAAUAAACAUAUUUCUUAAGGAAUACACUAUUCAUGCCAAUGCUUCAACAUGCAGCCCCCACCGAGAAAGGUUAAAGUGACCCAGGAGCUGAAGAAUACUCACUUAGAGCAGAUGACCAGACUGCACCUCAAACAUCAGACAGAAUGUGACCUGCUGGAGGACAUGAGGACAUACAGUCUGAAGAAGGGCCAGUUGGAGAGGGACUAUGCCCAGGCUCUGCAGAAGCUGGCCAGUCAGUACCUGAAGAGGGAUUGGCCUGGCAUCAAACCAGACGACCAAGGCACAGACUACAGGAAUGUGUAUGCGGUGUGGAGGUCCUAUCUGGAGGGGACUGUACAGGUGACUCAGUCUCGCAUCAACGUUUGUGACAACUACAAAAAUGAGAUCUCAGACCCUGCUAAAACUGUACGGCUAUACAAGGAACAGCAGCUCAAAAAGAGUAUAGAACAGUUGAAUCGUAUCCAGGUGGAGCUGCAGGACUCGGUGAAGGACCUGGCCAAAGCCAAGAAGAAAUACUACGACUCAGAACAGGUGGCUCAUGCCGUUCGAGAGAAGGCUGACAUCGAGGCCAAGUCAAAGCUGGGUCUGUUUCAGUCCAGGAUUAGUUUACAGAAAGCCAGCGUUAAGUUGAAAGCCAGGAGGAGUGACUGUAACUCUAAAGCAACCCAUGCCAGGAAUGACUACCUGUUAACCCUGGCAGCAGCCAACGCUCACCAUGACCGCUACUAUCACACAGACCUGCUGCAGUGUAUACAGGAGUUGGAUGGAGGGAUAUAUGACCAUGUGAAGGACUAUCUGAUUUCUAUCUGUCAGACAGAGCUGGAGGCCUUUCAGGCCAUACACAACACCUUCCAGUUCCUACUGGACAAAUCCACCAGGGUGAUGCAGGAGUUUAACCAGCAGCUCUUCAUGCAGGAGAACCCUGUGUUCCAUAAAGCACAAGACUUCCAGUUCCAACCCAGCGACUGCGACACUACUCUGAGCUCGGUGCAGAAGUUGGUGGACAUUGAGCCUUCGCCCGUCAGUGUAAUGAGAAUGACCCUGGCACAGAGUCGUAAGUUGGAGUCAGACACGGGGAACCAGACAGAGGAGCACAGCCUGAACAAGGAGGCCAGGAAAUGGGCAACCAGAAUGGCCCGAGAACACAAGAACAUCGUCCACUACAAGAGAAGCCUGGAGGAGUGUGAGACACUGGGAAUCCCUCAAACGGAGCAGGGCCGGCUUGAUCUGGAGCUGAAGAUAGAGGAUACCAAAGAGAACAUCCGCAAGGCUGAGACAGUAAAGCUGAAGGCAGAGGCUCGUUUGGACCUGCUGAGACAGGUGGGCGUUGCCGUGGAGACCUGGCUGAAGAGCGCCAUGAACCAGGUGAUGGAGGAGCUGGAGAAUGAGCGCUGGGCUACACUAAACUACACUACCCACGAUCCCUCACUCUCGGGCCCGGUUGAUCUGGAGCGGUCGGAGGGUGAGGAGUGUGAAGAGAACAUGGAGGUGUUUGAUGACAGCAGCUCCAGCCCCUCUGGGACCCUCAGGAACUACCCACUCACCUGCAAAGUCCUCUACUCAUACAAGGCUUCUCAGCCAGAUGAGUUGACUAUAGAGGAGCAUGAGAUGUUGGAGGUCAUAGAGGAUGGAGACAUGGAGGACUGGGUCAAGGCGAGGAGUAAGACGGGGCUGAUUGGCUACGUACCAGAGAAGUAUCUUCAGUUCCCCACCUCUAACAGCCUACUGAGCAUGCUCCAGUCUCUAGCUGCUCUGGACGCACGCUCACACACCUCCUCCAACUCCACCGAGCCAGAGAUACACACAGGCAGCAUCAACGGAGAUGCCAGCUUGAGUUUUGUACGGGCGCUGUAUGACUACGAUGGUCAGGCGGAUGAGGAGCUGUCCUUCCCAGAGGGGGCUGUCAUCCGUCUGCUUAACAGAGACACCCAAACGGACGAUGGCUUCUGGGAGGGAGAGUUCAACGGACGAGUGGGAGUCUUCCCUUCUGUACUGGUGGAGGACCUGACGGAGAACGGAGAGAACGGAGCAGACACACAGAUCUCUCCAUCUUCGAGGCUGCCCUCCUCGCUGCCCCCCCCUCUGUAUGACCAGCCCCCCUGCAGCCCCUACACCACCCCAGACACCCCUCCGCCCCUCCCUCGAUCACCCUCUGUCAACGGGGAACACAAGCCGCCUCCCACAACGCACAAGGAACCCACUCACUAUCAUAGUUCAGCUCUGAGUCCAGUGUCUCCAGAGUUCCCCCAGCCCCCCCGGUUCACCCCUGACGUAGGCCUCAGCAAACUACGACCUGUCCGUGCAGCCCCCCCACCCCCCAAGCAGAAACCUCGCAAACUGACAGAAAAGACUGAGGAGGUGGAGAUCACACUGGUGUGACAGACAGACAGACAUGGGGACAGGAUGAGGCCUCCCCCCCCUUUACUCCCCCCUAUCUCCCUCCACUGGGAAGAACUCCCCCUUUACUCCCCCCUACCUCCCUCCACUGGGAAGAGGAGGAGGAGGAGGAAAAUGAAAAAUGUUGAGGGGGAGAGAUGCGAUGAAAGGGAGUUUUAUCUGCUGUGUGAGCAGAGUUUCCCCUGUCCUUGCCAUAUAUUGUCAUAUCAUACGUAUUUAAUGUGUAUUAGUACAGUACAUUACUGUUGUCAUAGGAAUGUUCCGAAUGAUGCACAACGUUUCAUAUUAGCCGAACCCGCUGAAUGGAGUAUCUAUUUGAUAUGUAGUAGAAGUUUAUCCAUAUUGCAACCUGAAAGAGUAUUGUACAUACAGUUUAAAGGGUAUGGUGAGAUGGAGGGAGAGAGGGAGAGAGAGAAAGGUGGGGCUGGAUCCUCCCUGAAUGUCCUCUACCUCCCUCCAUCUCUCUCUCUCCUUCUCUUUUAUUCUCAGACUGCCUGUUCUGUCUAUUUGCAGUUUGACAUACGCACACACACACACAAGUCUUCUUCGCUUCCACCUCUGAUGAACAGCGUGUGUUUGUAUCACUAAUAUUUAGUCAAUUGGAAGUGCAGUGCAGAGGAGAUAAUGGAGCUGCUCUAAGAGAUGGGGUCAGAUCUUUGGUGUUUUUCAGUUCUGCCUGUCAGGCUUCUGUUUAACCUUCAGACACAGAUGCCUGCGUUUAGUGCUUUACGGUUGCUGUUUUCUCUGAUGGCCUAUCAGAAACAACCCCUGUCCUGGUUAUGAGUUGGACCGGGCAUCUCUCUCUCUAUGGUGUAUCACUGCUGGAGUCUGAGUGAGUGGGUUGUUUUAGGUUGAGUGAGUGAGUGGGUUGUUUUAGGUUGAGUGAGUGAGUGGGAUGUUGAGUGGAGAGAGACUGUAUUUAAAUGACUGAAUGAACGAACCCAGAGGUCCACCCGAAAAGGAGGAGGGAAGAAAACAACAUCACCACAGAGGACAACAUGACCAGAGGAGCUGCACCACAGAGGACAACAUGACCAGAGGAGCUGCACCACAGAGGACAACAUGACCAGAGGAGCUGCACCACAGAGGACAACAUGACCAGAGGAGCUGCACCACAGAGGACAACAUGACCAGAGGAGCUGCACCACAGAGGACAACAUGACCAGAGGAGCUGCACCACAGAGGACAACAUGACCAGAGGAGCUGCACCACAGAGGACAACAUGACCAGAGGAGCUGCACCACAGAGGACAACAUGACCAGAGGAGAUGCUUUCUGUCGUCUUUUUUGAGCGUUCCUAUUUUAAGACUGUAGCCAUGCUUUUAUUAUUUAAACCAGGAAGUUUACUUUGUUUCAUUAACCUUUGUUUUAUUGUGAUUUUGCUUCCGUGUCCUAUCCACUGACCGCCUCAAACUAACAAUCAAUUAAAUAAUAAAAUCACUUUCACUGA